AUGGCCACCUCCCUCCCUCCCAACCAAUCCUUUGCCUCAAUCCUCUCAAAUGAGCCUCCUCUGAACUUCUCCAUUGAUGAUCUUCCGGCCCCGAUUUUUGAGAAUGGUUUCGUAUCGGUUCAAAUAUCGGAAGAUUCUUAUCUCCGCGGACUCGGAAAAUGCAAAACCAACCUAGUUGGCCGACUGGUUCUUCCCCCCAAAGCCUCACCCCUGAAAUCCCACGAACUAUCUUCGCAGCUCAGAAGCCAUUGGCCAACCCUCCCAAGUUGGACGGUUUCUCCACUGGGGAAGGGUUUCUUCAUGCUUCACUUUCAGUCGUUGGAUGAUAUGCAGAAAGUAUGGUCACUAGGCACUGUUCGUCUCAAUCAAGGUUUCCUCAGAUUAAUCAAAUGGAAGCCCGGUUUCUCCCCUUCGUCCUAUAAAAAUUCUUUCUCACAGGUUUGGGUCCGAUUUUGGGACCUUGGUUUCGACUAUUGGGAGCAGCAAACACUCUUUGAAAUUGCUCGAGGGUUGUUAACUACUCUCCGUGUAACCCGUGUAGAUGCUUCUCAAUCUUUUGUUGGGGUUGAAUAUGAAAAUAUACCAGUUGUUUGUGCAAAGUGUAAUAUAGUGGGUCAUCAGGCUUCAAAUUGUAGAGUGAUUGACCCCGAGGUUGUGCGGCAAGAUGGUUCACGACGGGGAAGAUCACGCUCCUCAAGAAGAUCCAAUCAAUCAAGAAAGAAGGCGCCUUCGCCGGCGACACAGGAUAUAGUGGCGGAUGCGGCACAGGCUGCUCUGCCCGAUUCUUCAGAGAUGCCACUGCAACAGGCCUCUGAGCAACCAUUGCAGCAGCCGGCUGCAGAGCCACUCCAGCAGCUACAUGCGCAACCCACCCAGCCCCCUCCAGCUCUGACAACGCAUGCAAAGGACGUGCAGACUGCGACAACACAGGUCACACAUUCGCAGCCCUUGCUGCUUCAGCCCAUGCAGGAGCAGCCAGUGUUAUUGCUCACGGAGUUAGCGAAGCCUCAAUGCUCAGACCACGAAUCAUCAAUAGAAAGUGUGCCCCCUGGUUUUCAGAAAGUUCCCUUGAAUGGUGAAGGGUUAAGCCAACGUGCACCCACAACUUCAUUUAACUCCGAGAGUGCUCCCACUGUUCAUGAGUUAAUGGAGGUCAACUCCACCCAAGCUGACUGUGCAGAGAUGUCCUUCAAUAAGGAAGAAGGGGAAUUCACCCCAGUUCUUUCAAAAAAAGCAAAGAAGCAGCUUAAACAGGUUGAUAAAGCGAAGAAGUCCAAAGAACCUUUUGUAUCUCUCUCUUCUAUUCCUCAUGCAUUUUGGCUCUCUUUGGGACUAUUUCCUUUUGCUGCUAAUGAUAGGGGCAGUUUGGACCCCAAUUUGUGGUUAAUUUGUCACCCUGAUAUCAAGCUUAAUCUGAUGUCAUCUACGGCCCAGCAGAUAAUAGUCUCUUGCUCUUUAGAUGGUGUUGAUUGCAUUCUUACCUCCGUCUAUGCAAAAACUACUAUAGCUGGCAGAAGACUAUUGUGGCGGGAUUUAAGGCUAAUAGCAGCAACUAUGGUUCAUGGCCCAUGGCUGGUUUUUGGUGACUUUAAUUGUGUAAUGGGGGCGCAUGAAAAACGUGGGGGUAAUCCUCCAAGUCACAUUUCUUGCCUUGACUUCCAAGAUAUGUGUUCAGAUUGUGCUCUGAUUGAUAUCCCUACACGUGGUCUAUCCUACACUUGGACGGAUAAAAGAAUCUAUGUGAGACUGGACCGAGCUUUAGGUAAUGUUGCAUGGUUGGAAGCAUGGGAAUCCUUGGAAUGCCGUACGCUGGCCAAAGCCUUCUCUGACCAUUGUCCAUUAUUGAUUACUUGCGCUCGACUCGCCUUUAUUCCCAGGUCUCCUUUCAAGUUUAGAAGCAUGUGGCUGCAGCAUGAAGGGUUCGUGGCUAUGGUAAAAGACUUUUGGGAUGGCCUGCAAGUUGUUGGUUGUCCAAUGUUUGUACUCGCUUCAAAGUUGAGGGCGCUUAAGGCAAUGCUCAAGGCAUGGAACAAGUCCACUUUUGGUGUUAUUGAUGUCAGAGUAGAGAAUACCAAGAAUGAUCUUGAAAAAGUACAACAAGUAAUUUCUGCCCAAGGCCCUUCGGUGGAGGGAUUGAGCCAGGAAUCUACAGCCCAUGCACGCUAUCAGGAGGCUCUUAAUUUUCAAGAUAUCUUCUGGAAGGAAAAGACAAGGCUACGCUGGUUAGUUGAUGGUGAUCGUAACACCGCCUUUCUGCACAACAUGGUCAGGAUAAGAAGGCUUAAAAGGUCUAUUUCCUCUUUGCGUGUGGGUCCCCAAAUUCUUCGGCAACAGCUAGACAUUGAAAAUCAUGCAGUGCAAUUUUUUUCUUCCGCCUUCUCUCAUGACAACAGCAUCAUUGACACGGGGCUGGUAGAACGUGUAAUUCCAAGGAUGGUAACAGAUGACAAAAAUGCGGCGUUGUUAGCAUUGCCUUCAGGGGAGGAAAUAAAAGCAACGGUUUUCUUAAUGGAUGGUUCAAGUGCCCCCGGGCCGGAUGGUUUUAGUGGUGCUUUCUAUCAGUCUUGCUGGGAGGUGGUUUCUUCGGAUGUUAUAUCUAUGGUUAAAAGCUUCUUUGAAACAGGUUCUAUUCUGCCUCAUUUCAACUCUAGCUUGAUCACUCUCAUUCCCAAGAAGCCAGAAGCUGAUAUGCUCUCAGAUUUCCAUCCCAUAGCCUUGGCCAACUUUGGGUUCAAAAUCAUUACCAAGAUUUUGGCAGACCGUCUUGGCGUGGUAGCCUCUAGAAUAAUAUCUUCAAAUCAGAGUGCCUUUAUCAAAGGGAGGUCAAUUGUGGAUCCCAUUUCGCUCACUUCAGAAUGCAUAAAUCUCCUAGACCGUAAGUGUAGAGGUGGGAAUAUUGCUGUUAAGUUGGAUAUAAAGAAGGCCUUUGACACCCUUGAGUGGCCAUUUCUUAUCCGGGUUUUACAUUCUUUUGGUUUUGCUACCGGUUUUACCGACUGGAUUUUUACUAUUUUAACUUCAGCUUAUCUAUCGAUGCUAAUAUAUGGUCAAUCUGCGGGUUUUUUCACUUGUUCGAGGGGUGUCCGACAGGGUGACCCAUUGUCCCCUCUUCUUUUUUGCUUGGCAGAAGAGGUGCUGAGUAGGGGGAUCACAAGGUUAGCUAUUACAGGAAAAUUGACUACUUUUGCAGCCCCACGAUCAGUCAAGCCUCCCUCUCAUGUCCUUUUUGCGGAUGACGUAAUGGUUUUCUUGCAAGGAAAUUCUAGGAGUAUUCGAGCUUUAAUGAAGUUCAUGGAGGAAUACGCACGCAAUUCCGGACAAAUGGUUAACAAAGCUAAAUCUUCAGUUUACCUGGGCACAUUUGCGAGACCUAGAGCCACUGUUAUUCAACACCUUCUCGGCAUAAGGGAGGGGAAGUUGCCUUUCACUUAUCUUGGGGUGCCAAUUUUUCAAGGGAGACCAAAGCAGCGACACUUCCAGAAUAUUGUUGACAAAAUUAGAUGCAAACUAACUUCAUGGAAAGGUACUUUACUAUCUCAGGCAGCAAGGUUGCAACUUAUCUCUUCAGUAAUCCAAAGUCUUCUAAUUUACAGUUUCCAGAUUUAUGAAUGGCCGCAUGCUUUACUGACAAAACUGCAAAGCUGGAUACGUAAUUUUUUCUGGUCAGGGGACUCUCUAAAGAAAGGCUCCACUUUAGUAUCUUGGUCUCAAUGUUGUCUUCCAAAAAAUGAAGGUGGUCUAGGUGUGAAAAAUAUUUUCUCUCUUAAUCAGGCUAUGCUUUUGAAGAGGUGUUGGGAGGUGGGGGAGGGCUCUUCUCUUUCCACCAUUUUCCUUAAAGAUAGGUUUCUAAAGGCAGAUCUAAUUCCCAAGCGCUCUUACCAACAAUCUUCUAUUUGGUCGGGGCUUAAGAAGCAGUGGAAUGUAAUUUUGCAAGAGGCGAGAUGGUUAAUUGGCAAUGGGUUGAAAGUGAAUUUUUGGACAGACAAUUGGAUGGGAAAGCCUCUCGUUGAUCUCUGCAGCAUUGAUGCCUCCCUACGGCCACCACUUAGGGAAAAGGUUAGCGAUUUCAUUGUGGAUAAUCAAUGGAGGCUGCCUCAUAUUUUCUCACAAUUAUUUCCGUUAAUGGCACAUCAAAUUAGAGACAUCAUUUUACCUAUUGAGCCACUUGAGGAUCAACUAGUUUGGCCAGAGGUAUCUUCAGGAAAGUUGACUGCCAGGGAUGCUUAUGAGGUUCUUAGACUGCACCAUCCUCCCUCUGAGUGGGGCAUGCGCAUAUGGGACAAAGCCAUCCAACCACGGAAAAGUAUUCUCACUUGGAAGGUACUUCGUGGGCGUGUGUUGGUGGAUGCGCAGAGACAAAAAACAGGUACUUAUCUUUGUUCUAGAUGCUCUUUUUGUGGCUCAAGUGUAGAGACAGUGGAGCAUCUUUUUCUUUUUUGUCCUGUUGCCAAGACUUUAUGGACUUGGUGCCUAAACAUGUUUAGACUACAAGCUCCACCACAAUUGACUUUGCAUGUUCUGAUAAGCUUAGUUUACACUAGUACCCUUACAAGUUCUGGUAAGUUGCUUUGGAGAUUGGUGUUCUGUAAUUUGCUAUGGUGCUUAUGGGUGGAAAGAAACCGGUUGAGAUUUGAUGGGACAAGUUUUAAUUUCCAGCGACUAAAGCAGUUCUUCAUCUUGGCUUUAAGAGAUUAUGCUGCUCUUUGUUUUAAGCUUGGGAUUGCAUCCCAGUCUACUCUUCCCAUUUUUACAGUGCUUGGGUUGUCUCCUUUAAGUGCCCGGGCUCCCAUUUACAUUCCAGUACAUUGGAAACGUCCCCCAGCUCCUUGGUUAAAGGUUAACACUGAUGGGUCUUUUCAAGAUGAAGAUCACGCAGGCUUUGGUGGUGUUUUUAGGGAUUGCAAUGGUUAUUUUAAGGGUGCUUAUGCUUCAAAGUCGCUAGCCAAGAGUGCUAUUGAGGUAGAGUUGCUGGCUGUCAUUGAAGCCAUACAGAUUGCCAAAGCUCGCCAGUGGGAUAAUAUAUGGCUAGAGACGGACUCUGCACUUGUAAUCCAUUAUUUUCAUUCACCUCAUUUGAUCCCUUGGAAGCUACGUGUGCCUUGGUUAAAUUGUUUGCACACUGCAAAGCAAUUCAACUUUAGGAUUUCGCAUGUCUUCAGGGAAAGAAAUCGAGUAGCAGAUAGGCUGGCAUCGUCUGGAGCAAGUCAUAUAAGUAACAGUUGGUGGGAGGCUCUUCCAGAUUUUAUUGCUGCUAUUUAUGGUGAGGAUCUUAUUUCUUCAGUUUUCUAUCGUGUUUCUUAG